UCGUGGGGGUCGCUCUACGUGGCGCACUCCCCAAAUCCUUCUCUUUCCGUCUCGCUCUUCAAUACGUCCUCUCCCUCUCCCUCUCUCUCUCUGGCGCGCGCCUCUCCGCCCAGCUGUCGUAACGCGGCUCCUGUCGCUCUCACCUCACUCGCUGGGCGAAGAUGGCGGACAGUGCAAGCGAGAGUGACACAGAUGGUGCGGGUAGCAGCUCGGCCGCCCUGCCGUCCUCCACCUCCUCUUCGUCGUCUUCCACUAAGGCCGGAGGUAUUGUCAUUUCGCCUUUCCGACUAGAGGAGCUGACCAACCGUUUGGCUUCGCUGCAGCAGGAGAACAAAGUGCUCAAGAUUGAGCUGGAAACCUACAAACUCAAGUGCAAAGCUCUGCAGGAGGAGAACCGAGACCUGCGCAAAGCCAGCGUCACAAUUCAAGCAAGGGCAGAACAAGAGGAGGAGUUCAUCAGUAACACAUUGUUUAAGAAGAUCCAAGCUUUACAGAAAGAAAAGGAAACUCUUGCAGUAAACUAUGAAAAAGAGGAAGAAUUUCUUACAAAUGAACUGUCUCGAAAACUUAUGCAGUUACAACAUGAAAAGGCAGAACUCGAGCAACACUUAGAACAAGAACAGGAGUUCCAAGUGAACAAACUGAUGAAGAAAAUUAAGAAACUGGAAAAUGAUACAAUAUCUAAGCAGCUGACACUGGAACAGCUAAGACGUGAAAAGAUUGAUCUAGAAAAUACAUUAGAACAGGAACAAGAAGCAUUAGUAAAUCGUCUUUGGAAACGAAUGGAUAAACUUGAAGCUGAGAAAAGGAUCCUUCAAGAGAAACUAGAUCAGCCAGUUUCUGCCCCACCAUCGCCCAGAGACAUAUCCAUGGAAAUUGACUCACCUGAAAAUAUGAUGCGGCAUAUCAGAUUUUUGAAGAAUGAAGUAGAAAGGCUGAAGAAACAGUUAAGAGCUGCUCAGUUGCAACAUACAGAGAAAAUGGCACAGUAUUUAGAAGAAGAACGUCACAUGAGAGAAGAAAACAUCAGGCUUCAGAGAAAAUUACAAAGAGAAAUGGAGAGGAGAGAAGCGCUUUGUAGACAGUUGUCUGAAAGUGAAUCAAGUCUUGAAAUGGAUGAUGAAAGGUAUUUUAAUGAGAUGUCUGCACAAGGCCUUCGUCCUCGCACUGUGUCCAGUCCAAUCCCCUACACGCCUUCUCCUAGUUCUAGUCGACCAAUUUCACCAGGUCUGUCAUAUGCAAGUCACACAGUUGGUUUUACACCACCAACCUCAUUGACAAGGGCAGGAAUAUCUUAUUACAAUGCACCUGGUCUUCAUGUACAUGUGUCUUCCUCACAUGGUAUUGCGAGACCUUCACCCAGAAGAAGCAAUAGUCCUGAUAAGUUUAAACGUCCAACUCCUCCACCUUCUCCAAACACUCAAACUAUGGUCCAGCCGCCUCCACCUCCUCCACCUCCUCCAGUCCAGCCAAUGAUACAGUCUGUGACAUCCCAGGCAGGUGCUUCUCAGCAUACAGCGCAUUCCCCCUCUCAGCCAUAGUGCAUGUGCUCUUCAGUCGCUUCAUUUAAAAUGGACUUGUAACAAAGAGCAGUUUUUAAAAAGCCAAAGGCUUACCUGGCAUAUAUGGGUUUGACUUACUUGCACUGAGAUUAUUUAGGCUUCACUGUUAACUGUGUUGUAAAAGUAUGUUUAGAAUGCAGCCAGUGUUGAGCUAUUGCAACACUAUACAUAACAAACAUACACUUGUCAGUGUUUUCUGGAGGUUUGCUUUGGAACAUCCCCCUGACUGAAACAGAUGCCUCUUGAUCUUCGAUAGUACUGCAUUUUUGUCAUGUGGCUAAACUCUGAAGAACAUUGUAAAAAAGGGAACUAUUAAAUUUUGUUCUCCCAAAAACUGAAACAAGCAAACAUAAAAUGGUGGUAUGAUUGCUAUGCUUAAAUGUCUUUUGAGUUUUAAUUAUCUCAGUGUUCUGCUUUUUGGCAGUGCAUUCCACUUAUACUUAAGGGAGUCCUUUCUUUAAUGCCACUGAAAGUUUUUCAAUGUACAAUAAGAUAUUUUGGUUUACAAUUCAGUAAUUCUGGUAUAUCAUACUGGCCUGUUGCCUAAAUGUAUAAGCAAUUAAAGGUACUGUUUGAUAGAAACAGGUUUAUUUUCAGAACUUGGCUUGCCAGUGUUCAUUGUGAUACCUCUUGUGUCAUCAGGUUAAUCACAAAACUUUCUUGUCAAAAGUUCAACAUGUUUUUUUGAGUUCUGUUUAUACUUGAUGCUAAUUCAAGAACAAAGCACCCUGUUAUUAUCUUUUAAUGUGCUAAAUUCAAAUACUUUUUCUUUGAUUAAUAAGGGAAUGAUUAACAUAAGAUCCUUAAAUUGACAUGCCUUUUGUAGAAAGCCUAAUUAUUAGCUACAAUUCUAAAAUGCAAGGUUUGCUGAAUCCAUGUAAAAUGCUUUUUGCUUUCCUCGGCUAGGUUAUGUGUGACAGUAGUGGUAAAGUUGCAAUUUGUUAGAAAGAAAUAGUGUCAAGAGGGAAAUGAUAUCUAUAAUAAGAAGGCAAAAUUUAUUGGAAGUAACAGUAAUUUGCAGUGUUUAGAACACAGUUGUUCUAACACCGUAAAACGUUUUGUUACUUUGCAGUGGAGUAUGUGUACAUCGCUUGUAAAAUGAUAUCGUUUCUAAAGACACUGAUUUAAAAAAUGCACUUUUUACUAUUUUUAACUCACAAAAGUACAGCUGCUUUUUUCACAAUGUUAUCUUAAUUACACAUAUUUCAUUUAAUUUUAAACAAAGUGCUGCUUCAUAAAUAAAUAUAAGGAAAGUUCAUUUUGGCAACAGUUCUUCAUAGGAUUGUGUAAUGAUUAAUUUCAGUGACUAGAUGGCAUAAGAUAUUUGAUGUAAUGUGGCUCUGUUACUCAUGUUAUUUCUUUAAAAAGUGUAAUUGAUGUUGUGGGUUUUAUCUUCUUCUGUGUCCUAUGAUCCCAGUGUCUUUGUAAGGACUGUAGUAAAUCAUUUCAGAGUAAAUGGCAGAUUAGGAGAUGUUUGUUUAAAGGUCUGAAAAAUGUAUAUGCUCCAAAACUAGAUCCAUUACAUACUGUAUUUGCACUCAGAAGAGGUGUUUUGGUUGUUUAAAAAAAAAAAAGUCUCCAUGUAAGUAUUUACAGUUUUAUAUUCAGGCUGGGAAUAUUUGUUCAGCCAGUUUUUUGAAAACUAGAUAUCAUAUACAAGUGUGAACUGUCGUGCAGUCUCAGAUGUGUAAAUAUCAGAUUGUACAUUAACACUCCAUCACCCUUUUUGUUUAGCUCCCUUUAAAGGUGUUUUCCCUUGUUACAGCUUCCAUAUAAUGUUGAACCUUUUGAUUUGAAUUAACUGAUCACUCAGCCCUUUGGUUAUUAUAUAUUAUUUUUUUUUAUAUCAUUCAUGACUUACAACUUGCAGGUUUACAAUAAUCUGUUAUUUAUUUUACAUCUGAAACAUUAAGUUCAGCUUUAACUGAUACCCUAGAAGAGCACAUAUACAAUUGAUUUUAUUUUUUCUUGACAUCUAGUAGACAAAUGAAUGUAAAGUUUCCUGGUGUUUAAUUUUAGUCAUUUAUAGAAUGCCUUUGAGCCUUAAUUCCAUUGUAGUAUACUAGAAAUGUGCAAACAUUGUCUUCUUUCUCUCCCUUUCCUCUUUAAAAUUUGAAGCCUUAAUGAGUGUUUUGAGCAGUCUAUGUAAAUAUCCUGUCUGGUUUGUUCUCACUUGUUAUGUCCAUAAAGUGCUUUAGAGAUUAAUGAUAAUGAUGACAAAUGGCUAUAAACAAGCUUCUCCAAACUAUUGUUCAAAUGUAAUUCUUUAUGCAAUUCUUGAAUUUAAAAUGUACAUAAAAUUA